CUUGAGAUAUAUUCUAUCCGGACCGGUGCCCUCCUCGCAUAGGAAAAAAAUUGAAGUUAUCGAGUGCUCCAUCGCUGCAGCGGAGAUUAACACGAUACCUUGACUCGUCUUUGGCAGCUUUCGCCAUAAAAAACAUUGACUUAAAGACUCGGCAGCUUCUUUCCACCUUCUCCUCUGGGGGCGGACGACUUCGCCAACGCCCGUCCAUGAUCCCAUCCCUUCUCAGUCCUUCCCUUGCUCUUUUACUUGGCUUCGGAAAGAAACAAACUCAUCCCGGCGACAUGGAAUCCGACGACGACAAGCGGCCGAGGUCCGGCGGCGGAGAAGACGACUCCGGCGCCGACUAUGCGCUCGCCAUCCAGGACAUCCAGCGGCGGUUGAGGCGGAAGAGCCGCGACCGCCUCCGCGGAAAGAUCGCCGACCUCCUGCGGCUCAUCAACACCCCGCUCGCCGACAUCAUCCGCGACCACGCCCUCCCCUACCUCCCCGCCGCCUCCGUCCUCCGGUUCCGCUCCGUCUCCGCCUCCUGGUCCCAGCGCAUCUCCUCCCCUUUGUUCGCCGUCACCCAGUCCCGCUGCCACCGAUCCAUCUCCGGCCUCUUCUGCUCCGCUGCCUCCCUCCCGUCCUUCGCCCCCUUCGACCCGGUCGCCCACGCCCUUCCCGACCCCUCCCUCUCCUUCCUUCCCUCAUCCACGAUCGUCGUCCGAUCCUCAUCCAACGGCCUCCUCUGCUGCUUCACCCCGUUCUCCCGCCCCUCCUACUUCGUCUGCAACCCGGCCACCGCCGACUGGACCGCGAUCCCGCCCCCGCCGCUCCACCCCGGUGCCGACCCCGCCCUUGCCCUCAUCUUCGAGCCCUCCGUCCCUAAUCUCGAAUCGCACUACGCCAUCGUCAUCGCCUUCCAGAUCGACCGCGUGGAGGGAGUCUACGGGUUCCAGACCUUCUCGUCUGCCGCCGGCUCUUGGUGGGUCUCCGCCGAGGUGUGCGUGGCGGAGUGCAUCAUCGCCGACUCCGGCGUGUCGGCCGGCGGGGCGGCCUACUGGCGGACGACGAUGCAGACGGUGGUGGGGUACGACCCGUCCGCGGACGCCGUCAAGAUGGCGCCGUGGCCGGCGGGUUACGAGGCCGAGGCCCGGUGGGAGCUGGGGGAGAUGGCCGGCCGCCUCUGCUGCGCCGCCGUGACCCCCGCUACCGCGGCGGUUUACGCACUCGGGCCGUCCGAUCGGUGGAGCCUGCUGGCGUCCUUCGACGUGGUGAAAGUGGACGGCGAGGAGGAGGAGGAGGAGGAGGAAGAGGAGCCGAAGGGGAGCCGUCCGAUCGUGUUCAAGAAGCCGCCACAACCGUUGAGAUUCCAGAGCGGAAAUCUUGAGGCGUUGUUCUGGUUGGAGGGGAGGGUGGUCGGGGUGGACCUGGCGGGCCGGCGAGUACGAGCGGUCAAGUUCGAUGGGCCCCAGCCGGCGCCCGGCGUCGACUACGUGUCGCACAUCAACACCCUCGCUCCGGUGGUCCCGCAGGUCGCAUCGACGUCCGCUGCUGCGGGCCCCGCGGUUCAGGGAGAAGGUUCGAGUUUGGAGUCCCCCAAGAAUCGCGAAAGCGCCUAGCCUAGUUUUUUUUGUGAGAGAUGGAUGUAUCCAAGAAAUUGAUGACCAUGCAAAGACGGACUCCAUGUUGAAAUUGUACAUGUUUUCCUUCUCAUGAACAAUAUUCCUUGCAAGCUCUCAUGCCCUCCCCUCUGCUCCCCCUUGGCUCAUCAUCUUUUUAGGGCGUAUGAGGUAUACUGUAAAAUUCUAAGGAUAUAUUUUUUUGAAUAUUAAUAUUUACCUUAUCUUACUCUUUUUGAUCAUUUAAUAUAAGAUUUAAAAAUUUAGUCUUAAUAUCGCAACCAUCCAUGAAGUUCUUCUUUCUUGCUAGCUAAGUCUAUUAUCAUCGGUAUCAUGCUUAAAAAAUGAUUCUAUGCUUUCCUAUAUAGCCUUGACAUGUGCCAUAGGAUAACUUUUUACACUGUUUUUGUAGUCAUGGCUGAUAGAUUAUCACACCCUUUGUAAUGGAAAAGGAGAAGAGAGUGUCCUUAGCAAGAAAGGAGGCUACUUUAGACGACGUGACAGUGAGAAAAUAUAUAGAAGAUAGCAAUUGUAGCGAGGAUUGGCGCUUAGAUGGAAGGCAACUGAAGGUCGACAAUUUUUGGAGACAGAGGCACUAUGGAAGAGGAGCAAGAGACCUCAAACUAGACGGUGAAGGAGCCGAAGGCAGUAAAUGAAACCAGAGAUAAAAUGGCCGAGUGGCAAUGAGGAGAGAACCGAAAAUCUGAAACUAAGGAGAAACAUGGUGGAAGGGAGCUAUGGAUCCAUUAGAAAACAAAGGAUCUUCAGGUGUCAAUCUACUAAAAAUAGAGGAUAUACAGAUCUAUUAAGGAACGUAGGAUCUUCGAAUGUUGAUUCAUUAGGAAACAGAGGAUCUGCGAAUCUACCGAUAGAGGAUCUUCGGGUGUUGAUUCAUUAGAAAACAAAGAUUGAUAGAUCGGCAAUGUAGGUCUUGAAAGCUUGUAGACAUGGCAAUGACAACCACAACAAAGGCGGAAGAAAUGGUGGCGGUAGAUUAGGUGAUCGGUGGAUCUAAUACCUUAUUGAAAUAUUUAAAAAAAAGAGAAAAACAAAAGAAAAAGAGAGAGAGAAAAAAAAUUAUAUCUCUAAUCCAUCGAAUGUACUAAAGAGUUACAUAUACUAGUGUACAAA